AUGAUCGUCGCCGUAUGGCCRCUUCUCGCCGUCACUUCCGUGUCGGUGGUGGCCCGGCAAAAGCGGCAGCUGCAGAACUCAUACUUGGGCCUGGGCUCCAACGUGGAAAUACUUCCAGUCGGUGACACAUCUGGAGUGAGCAGCUCGUACAGUGUAGUAGAAACGUCCAAGGUACCCCGCAGAGAGCAUAACUCUUACAGAUCGAAGAACGCGCACCGAGAUUCAGAACCAGAACACUCCGAGUACCGGGCGUACAACAAACACCCGUCAACUAGGAGUGGAACUUAUGCCGGGGAAGUACCGGGACCAAAACCGUUCAGGUUCCCCGAAGAACGGCGGCAAACGAAGCCACCUGCUGCUGAUUCCGAGGACCGGGACGAAGAUUUGGACUCUAUACUAGUGCCAGACCAUCGGAGAACAGAUUUGACGCCUGCCAACAGAAAGAAGUACAAGCCCAAGAAGCCGCGGACCGAAGAAGUGGACGAAGAGUCAUUGGAGGAAUCGAAAUCGGCACCCAGGAACGCCAAAGAGCCAAAACCAGCGCCCAGAAACAUCAAGGAGAUCGUCGAAGAGCGACCGGCUGAAAGCAAGAUAUCCAGUGACCUGAAGGAUGAGGGUAGCCGGUACAUAGGCCAYGGAGCUGGUGGUUAUGGAGGUGGAAGCGAGUACGACAAAGAGAAGCACUACGACAAGGAACAGGGCCAGAAGUUCUUGGAGGGCCAUAAGUCAGAGGAAGGCGAGAAAGCGGAAAAAGCAUACAAGAAAGAGGAAGCGUACGACAAGGGCCAAAAAGAAGAUUACGGCAGUGACGAGAAGCACUCGCAGGUGGCCGAGAAGGCGGGCGAGAAGAAGGGCCACGUUGACCAGGCACAGCAUUUUGGUGAGGCGUACCAUGGCAACCACGGCGAAAAGGGAAUUUCGGUGGUGAAAAAAGGCGGCCACAAAAAAGGCAAGAAAACGUCCGGGUUCCACAAAGUGCACCACAAAGACGAAUACAAGAAGGAUGAGGUGUUCUACGACGAAUCGCACGACGGUGGAGAGCAUGAAGAACACAAACAUGAACAGGAGAAGCACGCCAAGGAGAAGGGUGGAAGCGAGAAGAAAGGUCACUCUGAUACCGGCUAUCACGAAAGCCACGGUUCGAAGAAAGCGGAGAGCGAUCAUGGUAAGAAGUACGAACAGGCCAAGGGCCACAAGUCAGAGGCUGGCGAGCAUGCUCACCACGGCCAACAGUCUGAAUUCGCCAAGAAGGGUGGUGUCAAGGAGGGCGAGAAGUACGGUCACGCAGACGCGGGUGGCGGCGGUUACUUCGAAAAGGACGGAUACUUUUGA